ACCCUCUUAUUUAUUAAUUUUUUCUCAGAACCCAAUUUAUAUAUAUAUAUAUAUAUAUAUAUAUUAUUUAUAUUUUUCAUAAAUCACAAAUAAAUACGUGCUCGAUCUGUUAACUUAGUAGCUGUACCGCCUAAACAAGGACAACCUGGUUACACCCAAGAGAGCAAGAUAACAAAUCCAAGUCCACAAUCUGAUCAGAGAAAGGACAGAACUAGGAAGAAGCUACAUCACUCUCUCUAUCUCUCUCUUUGCACACUUUAGCCGUUUCCUCAUCUGGGUCUUUCUUGUUUUGUGAUUUACGCUAAUUUUGUGUUUUGGGCUAUGAGGAAGAGGGAGAGAGAGAACCCUUGUGGGGUUUGUGGGCACUAUCACAAAUACGAAGAAGGAGAGGUAUGUGGGAUAUGUGGCCAUCGGAUUCCGGCUUCGGCUGAGAAAACUUCGAUUCAAGUCAGCGCCUUUCCAUCGGAGAUCUUGCCUGAGUUUCUCUAUCUAGGUAGCUAUGAUAACGCUUCACGCUCGGAACUUCUCAAGACUCAGGGAAUCUCUCGUGUUCUCAAUACAGUACCUGCUUGUCAAAAUCUCUACAAGAAUUCGUUCACCUAUCACUGCUUGCAAGAGGACAAAACUUUGCCUUUUGAUGAUGCAAUUCAAUUUUUAGAGCAAUGUGAAAGGGACAAAGCUCGUGUUCUGGUGCACUGCAUGUCUGGAAAAAAUAGGUCACCAGCAAUUGUAAUGGCUUACUUGAUGAAGUCCAAAGGAUGGAGACUUGCCCAAAGUUACCAGUGGGUGAAAGAGCGGAGACCAUCUGUUGAAUUAUCUGAAGCUGUCUACAAGCAACUGCAGGAGUAUGAGCAGAAGAUCUUUGGAUCAAUUGAUCCUGGCAACCCUGUCCUGCCUGUUUUUGCACCUACAGGUGUGCCUCCUUCGUUUAGCUUUGGCUUCCCAAAGGUUAAUGAUCCGGUUUCUGUUCCUGCUUUCAGCAAUGUUGGUACGACCUCUAUUUUUGCCCGUCCUCCUUUAGACAUUGCUCUGAACAAGUUUACUUUUGGAGCCGGCCAGACUCAGAAUAAUAAUGAUAAUAUACUGAAUCCAAAUGGCAGUGAUAUUCAAAUGGAUGGUUCUUGAUUUUCCGGUCUCUUUAUCUUUUGCGAGAUCCCAUGGUCAGAAGUUAAAUUCCUGACUUUCAGAUUUCUUUUUAACACAAUUUGGAUGUAAAGUGGGAGUAAAAUUCUCAAAAACGUUUUGGUUUGUAAGAUUUGACAUGUUGGUCAGUAUGGGUGCCUUGUUUUUUCGAGUCUAAUGUUCAAAAGUGCAACAUCAUAUUGACUCGUUCCAAAUAUUAUACAAAUGAUUAGUAGGGUAUAUAUCUAUCUCUUUCCUCAA